UACUCUCUGGGUGUGCAGGCACUGAGCCACCUCUGGAUUUAAAGCGCAGUUUACUCGUUUCCGCGCAGUUCCGGACAUCGCUCUGAAAGAAUCAGCAAACGUACGGAAACCCAACAGCCGUGCACUAAAUAAACAGCUACCAAUACUCUUUGUGACCACUUAUCUGCAGAGACUUUGUGGCUUUCUGCUGCUUAGUCGCAUUUUUUAAGCGAGAACGUUCACAUGCGGAUCAUACUGUGAAUAGGAAGAAAGGGGGAGAAAUCCGGCGGAACCUGGAGUAGCACAACAACAAAUAUCUGACCUCGACCUCCCUGGACGGUACUGAACUGGCUGUUGAAAUAGAGAUGGCGAGAUUUCGCAUCACCCCGUCUCCUCCUCCAACACACAUGCUGCCGAGGCUGAUGAUGAUGAUGAUGUUUGCGUAGGAGUGUUUUAUUUUGCGGACAGCUUCGGUUAACCAGUAGGAACCGUUCAAGCAACUCCAGACAAUCGGUGGAUGGAAUUGUGUGCUGCUGCCUGCCUGCUUCAAAAGCAUCUUCCACAGAUCACAUCAUACCAUUGUUACGGGAGUGCUUUUCAGUGGUCUCUCUGCAAGUCCGGAACUGGAAAGAAAAUGUUUUGCAUGGCAACGCUGUGCGUGGAGAAGUAGUCUUCAGUACAAAGAAUACGAAUGUUAAAGGUGGACAUUUUUUGUUUGUUUGUUUGCAAAGGGCGUAUCUGCUAGUGUUUAAUUAGCAACUAAAGAGGAGCCAGGCCCGGUGGGUUUUAUUUUGACCUGAGUCGAACUCCAUCUCCACUUUGAUCGCAGGCACUUCAGCGUUUAGUUCAUAUCUUUACCGACAUUGGAGGCUUUUUUUUGUCGGCGUGUUCACUGGUGUCAUUAUUCGUCACUGAGGUUGACAAACUACAGCCUGCCGAGGUCGGGACCUGAGCCCCAAGGAGCCACCCCUACCCUCAAUGUGACCCGGCGAAUUCCUCUUAUCUCUGAAGGGUGUUGAUGGAGAGCAAUUCGAAUGACAGCCGGGACUGUGGUCAUCACUGGUGGAAUUCUAGCUUCGGUUAUAUUACUCCUUAUCAUCGCAGUACUGUGCUACUGUAGGCUGCAGUAUUAUUGCUGCAAGAAGGAAGAGUCUGAGUCGGAGGAGGAGGAGCCAGACUUUGCCGUUACAUCUCACCUCCCGCCGGUUCACUCCAAUCACAACAUUGUGGCGGCUACAGCCGCCGCCUCCUCCAUCCCAAAUGGCCCUGCCCUUUUUUCCACCCCUCCAAUGGCCAGGAAACUGACACGAUCGCAGACCUUCUGCCCAUCCUGUACACACUAUGAGAUGCCUUUCUACCUCCAGCCACCUCAGCCGCAGCUCCACCACCAACCAGAUGGGUUGAGGAACGGAGGGGACCGGAUCAGCUAUCGCAGUGUCCAGCAGCAGGAUCUGGACCUGCCAGUGCCUGUAAACAUUUCAAACUAUCGUAAACCAAACCUUGCCCGUUCAGUUACCAUGAGGGACAUGUUCACACGCAGCUGUAGCAUCAGCACUGAUGUUUAGCUGGGUUAAGGUUUAACUCAGUUUAAGCUGAUUCUUACAUUCAUCUGAAUGGCCUGGGCUGGACUGGGCUUGAGUGAGACUGUGUUUUUGUCAUCUUGACCUGUGUAGUCUGAUCUAGUCUGGUCUCAUUCUACCAGUCACCUUUUGCAGAAUGGAGGACUCAACUGGCUCUCAGGACAGUUUUUUCAAAGGUACUAUGCUCAGGUCCUCACACUUGGGCCAAUACAAAGUGUUUAAAAUGUUAAAUUACCAACAACAUAAACUUGUUUUGAAUCUUUCUUUUUUUUAAAAGAUUAAUUAAUUUCUUUUAUGAUCUGAUAAAGUCUGUGUUGCCCUACUCCCUCUGGGCUCCUCUACCGUGGCCUGUAGGAUAGGCAGAUUCAUGACGUGUCAAAAUGAUGUAAUCAGUAGGGAUUUCUCUCUUCCAGAGCUGCUACAAACAGAAUAUGAUUAGGAAAAGUCCAGUGUUUCCCUCUCUUAUGAUGGGAUUAUCUGUCUGGUCCUCCAUCCACAGAUUAUAGAGGUUAUGAAAUAUCACUCACAGCCAGUGGAGGAGGGAGCGGGUUGUUGUGUUUAGCUGCCACCCCGCAGACAUUUUCGACAGACGUAACUUAUGCCAUAACAUUUUAAGACGUAAAGGGCUCACAGAAGAUUUCCCUCAUCCUUUCAUAGAGUCGCAUAGUUUGACGAAAGGCUGGUUUCUUGGAGCAUCUGUUGAAAACACAGUGUAUAUACAGUAUUUUACACUUCAGAAGAGAAAAAUCUCUGCAUUCUUGCAGGCAGUGUGGACUAGGUGCCAAAAAGGUUUUUGAUCUUCAUUUGUGUGCAUAUAUGUGAGGAUACCGGCAAGCGUGUGUGCGUGCGUGUGUGUGUGUGCGUGCGUGCGUGCGUGCGUGCGUGUGUGUGUGUGUGUAUCUCAAUUAAUUGUUAAUAUGUUUUAUUCCAUCCAGUUAUACACAACAGGUCAUCCAUGUGUACAAUGAACCCAGAGGUGGGCUGCAAUAACAUUUUAUUGUAAGGGGUGAAGCGAUUAUAUUAUUUCUUUAACCUAAAUUCAUCUUAAUGCAAAGAAUGACCCAAACAGAUUAAAUAACAAAGAAAAUGGAUUUGCAACUAUUUUGUACCUAUUUAUUUUACUAAUUAAUGCUAUAAUACUGACUCAGUCAGAAACGCAAAACAUUUUUACAGCAACACCGUAAGCUUCCAAUGUGAACCCGAUUAUAGUUCUUCACUGAAGUUAGUGAACGUUCACUACAUUCCUUGUGUUCUGUCUGAUUUAUUGAUGUAUGGAUUCCUGGGCUAAAGAUUCACCUUUAAAGGCACAUCUAUAAAUAUUUAAGAGGCCAUAACAUACACUGCAGUCUCUCCCCUUUCUCCAUUCAUUGGACUGAGGAAUAUAUGCUCUUGCUCCGAGGUACUCAGUGUUCCUUCUUGGGAUUGUUUUUAUUUUCUGCGCUUGGCUGACCGGCCUGGCUGGAGGGCUAAUUUUCUGACUGGAGGAGCAGUUGGUGACUUUUAUGGACAGAGAACACACUAAUAAUAAGUUAAAUCAUUUACUGUUUGAAUUCAAAAGUGGAAAUGCCCGUGGUUGUGGGAGGGACUUGAAGUUUAUUGGAUUGUUCUUUCUGGAUCCACCUACCACUCUCUUGCAAAUGGAUGGUAAAUGCUGUUGUACUUCUUCUCCCUUUUUCUGUCUUUUUUUUAAUUACUCAUUUAUUUUUUCCAAACUGUGAAACAGUGAGUAAUUUGUUUUUUUUGUUUUUUUUCCUUUGUAAAAUGUGCUUUCCUGCAAAUACACUAAGCCACAGUACACACGUUUGUAAAUCUAACUUUGCGAGGACAUUCAUUUAUGUUCCCCGGUCCCUCAUCCUAACUGUCACAACUAGCUGCCAAAUCCUUACCUGUGUAAUCUGAACCUCAUUCGACUCAUAACCUUAAAGCCAAGUUAAAACAACAAGUUAAAGUUGAAAAAGCGAUGAGGGGCACAAAUGUCGUCCAUCCCAGUACUCUCUCAAUUUUAAACUUGUCCUCACAAAGAUAGCCAUAUAGGUACACUCACACAUGCAGACAUGCAGACACACACAAUAGUUCUCAAUGUUCUUAUUUUUUAAUCUAAAACUAUGUGACAGUUGCACAGGAAAUUUAGUGCCAUAAGGAAGUAUAGAAGAAAUUUAUCAUUAUUAUUAUUAUUAUUAUUACAAGUGUACAAGUGUAUAUUGAAAUGCAGUGUUGCUUUUACCUUGAAGUAUUUGAAUUACUUGCUUUAUUUUAUGAUUCAGCUGGUUUUUCAGACUCGGUACAGUACUGCAGAAAAUGUUUCUGUUCU